AUGAUUUCAACUUCACUGUUCCAAAGUGGAGUACGACGAGUUAUUUCCGAUGCAUCCAGAUUGUUUGAUCCAUUGGGUUUGAUUGAACCCGUAAUCGUCGAAGCCAAGAUUUUCAUCCAAACGUUGUGGAAACUACAAGUCAGUUGGGACGAUUUGCUUCCUGAAAACCUUCAAGCAUUUUGGUUGGAGUAUCGUAGGAACCUUGGUGCUUUGGAAUCCAUCAGCAUUCCGCGAUGGGUCAACUACAGUGAGGACUGUUCCUCAGUCGAAUGGCACGGCUUCUGCGACGCUUCAGAUAGCGCAUACGGUGCUUGUUUGUACCUGCGAUGUACCACUUCUGAUGGUUCUGUUCGUGUUCAGUUAAUGAUGUCGAAGUCCAGAGUGGCGCCACUGGAGGAUUUGAAGAAGAAAAAAUCAAAGCUUUCAACGCCCCGUCUCGAACUUUCGUCCGCACUGCUCCUCAGUCAUCUUUACGAGAAGGUCAGCCAAGCUACCCAAUUGAAAAUUCCGUUGUUUUUCUGGACUGAUUCCAACAUUGUUAAAUUUUGGAUUGCGUCGACUCCAUCGCGAUGGCAAACCUUUGUCGCAAAUAGGAUGUCCGAGAUCCAGCACCUGACGAAAGGUGGUUUAUGGAAUCAUGUCGCUGGAAUCGAAAACCCAACCGAUGGUCUUUCGCGUGGCAUAUCAGCCGCUCAAUUGGAGUACCAAUCACUUUGGUUUAACGGACCCGUUUGGUUGCGUCAAGAACGAAACUUUUGGCCCGUGACGCUGAAGUUGCUGUUGAACAGCUAG